AUGUCGGCCGACGAGAAGAUUCGAGUCUCUGGAGAGACGCCUCGUUCGACCAGUCCUGUUCUUCCUACGGUUAACCCCGGUCUCGAGAAGUCCAAGCCUUCUGGCGCUUCUAUUCACCCUACUUUCUACGUUAUUGCCUGGAUCGGUUUCUCUUCAUCUGUCAUUCUGUUCAACAAAUGGCUUCUCGAUACCCUCAACUUCCGCUACCCGGUCAUUCUAACGACUUACCACUUGACCUUUUCGACCAUCAUCACCCAGGUUAUGGCCCGAUGGACUCCCUACCUUGACGGCCGCAAGACUGUCAAGAUGACCGCCCGCGUUUACAUCCGUGCCGUUGUCCCUAUCGGUAUCUUCUUCAGUUUGAGUUUGAUCUGCGGAAACUUGACGUAUCUCUACCUCUCGGUCGCUUUCAUUCAGAUGCUCAAGGCCACCACACCAGUUGCUGUUCUCAUCUCUGGCUGGAUCCUGGGUGUUUCUGCUCCCAACCUGAGGCAGUUCCUCAAUGUCUCAGCCAUCGUUGUCGGUGUCAUCAUUGCGUCCAUGGGCGAAAUCCACUUUGUGACCGUUGGUGUGCUGUUCCAGAUGGGUGGUAUCAUCUUUGAGGCUCUCCGACUCACCAUGGUCCAGCGCCUCCUGAGCUCUGCUGACUACAAGAUGGACCCUCUGGUCUCUCUGUACUACUUUGCUCCCAUUUGCGCUGUCAUGAACGGUGUCGUUGCCCUCAUCUGGGAGGUCCCCAACUGCACAAUGGCCGAGGUUUACCACGUUGGUCUGUUCACUUUCUUCCUGAACGGGCUCUGCGCUUUCAUGCUUAACGUCUCCGUCGUCUUCCUUAUUGGCAAGACUUCCGCUGUCGUCCUUACCCUCUGUGGUGUACUCAAGGAUAUUCUCCUGGUCGGCGCUUCCAUGAUGAUCUGGGGCACCCAGGUUUCUCCUCUCCAGUUCUUCGGUUACUCCAUUGCUCUCGGUGGCAUGGUCUACUACAAGCUCGGAUAUGAGCAGCUCAAGGGUCACAUUGCUGACGCCAACCGACAAUGGGCCGACUUUGGUGCUCGCAAGCCUGUCCUCCGUAAGGUCACUGUUCUUGUUGCUACCGUUUUCCUCAUCUUCACCCUUUUCGGUGGCUUUGCUCCUAGCUACUCUUCUGAGGUGGACCCCGCCACAUUAGCCAAUGAGGUUUCCAACCGUUUCGGUAUCAAUGAUGCUCAGCAUGUCUAG